UUACCACACUGUGACGACACGCCAUACGUCGCGUUUGCGUCAUCAUAACGUGAACAGCGCUCAAACGGGGAGGACGUGGGAUGAAAGAGUGUUUAGUGCUUCAUUAGAAACAUUAUAUUUUUUUUCAAAUGUUUCUAAUAUCGAAAUUAUAAGUACAAAGUAAUAGGAUAGGGUUUUUCUUCGGUCGGCCGCCAUCAUGGCGUCGGACGAACAGUUUUCGCUAUGUUGGAACAAUUUCCAUGCGAAUAUGUCAGCAGGCUUUCAUGGCCUGCUGUCGCGUGGGGAUUUAGUAGAUGUAACACUUGCUGCUGAAGGCAGAAUAUUACAGGCACACAAAUUAGUUUUAUCAGUAUGUUCUCCCUAUUUUCAAGAAAUGUUCAAAAUGAACCCCACUCAUCAUCCCAUAGUAUUUUUAAAAGAUGUUAGUCAUUCAGCGCUUAGGGACUUAUUACAGUUUAUGUAUCAAGGUGAAGUUAAUGUUAAGCAAGAAGAAUUAGCGUCGUUUAUUAGUACCGCGGAACAACUUCAAGUUAAAGGUUUAACCGGUAAUCAAAAUGAAGAAAGUUCCACGCCAUCCAAACCAAAGCCGACAUCGAGGCCAGGCCCGAGGUCGUCACAACAAAGGCAAUCUGUUAUGACUAAGUUAGAGACUGAUUUAGAUUCUAAGCCCUCCUCAACUCCAGUAGCAAUUAAGAGACCAAAUAGGCCAUCAAUAGCAUCAAAUAAUUCGUCAUCAUCUCAAAGUGGACCCGCGAAACGAAAAUGUGUAGACCCAUUAGAAGCUGGACCGUCAGGAUCAGCGAAAGAGGAAUUUGUAACGAUACCCGACGAAGAUGAAAACAACGCUGUGGCCCCGAAAAUGGAACCUGAAUUUGUUAAUGAAAGUAUGUGGGAUGAAGAUGACGAUGGCACGAAUAAUGAUGAAACUAACUUCGGCGAGGACGACUCGAAUAUGGAAAUGACUGGCUUUGAUGGUUCAACGACAGGCGACGGUAAUAUUACUGGAGGUGGGGAAGGUGGCGCUGUGGGUGACGCACAAGUUGCAGGUACAGGCACAGCUGUACAAGCGGAUAUUCCGCCUACUCUGGGACUGCCGUUCCCAUUUCCGUGCUUCCCGGGACAGUUCCGGUAUUGCCUCAGCAAACGCGGUAAACCGGCUAUUGAAGUUGGCGCCCAUAGAUUCUGUUUCAACGGUCGAGCCGCCAGCGGGAAGGUGUGGUGGAGAUGUUCCAGAAAUCCACGUUGUCGAGCUGCCGUACAUACGUUUGGAUUGCGCGUCGUACAGAUGAACAGUGCUCACACUUGUGGCGUGCGCGCAACGCCCCUCAGACCCAUGUUCUAAACAUGCUCUCUACACUCAAUCUCAUAUAAUGUAUGCAAGUCAUUAAUAAGUCAAUUCAUUUCGCACCAUAUCUGCGACCGCCGGUGUAAUUUUGUGGUGGCACACGUCGUGAUAUCAAUGCAAAUAUUUUAUUCGGUGACGACAGUUGGAGGAAAAAGUGUCGCAUUUAAAACGGGCUCGAAAUUAAAUUCUUCGAAUGGAAUGAUUAUUACUGUUCUUGUGCCUUUCCACCGGUGGUCACCAUACGCUUCCCGUAAUGAUGCGUUUGAGAUUAAGCAAACGUUAGUUUGCAAAUUUAUUGAUAGCUCUCCAAAGAGAUUAAAUAUAGAACCUCUAUGUUAUACAAGUAUCCUAGUUAUCUUACAUGGUCUGUGUCAAGUAUACGAAUCUAUUAUUAGCACAUUAGUGAGACCGUUUGCAUACAAUAACUUGAAGGCUGAUCUUAGGCAAGUACGGGGGAACGUCCUCCCCUAAUGACAUAUAAAGAAUUAAACUUAUAAGAGUUGCAUAAUAUAUUUCUUAUUAUAACAGUGACAGAUAUUUAAGGCCAGUAUUUUUUUACAGUAUUUUUCACUAUGCAUUUAUACAAAGAAUAUUUUUUGUAUGUUUGUGCGGAGAAAUAGGAAGUUUAGUCUUGCCGGUGUCUCGAUCUAGAUCUUCCGCGCGACGGUCUUAAGUGUAGUUUAUUGUACAAAGUGAUAGUUCUCUUAUGAUAUUAAGUAUUUUUAUAUAUUACUUUUACAUAUUUUUUUACAAUUUUAUUCGCGUAUUGUACAUACAAUGAUUGUUGAAAAGGAGUCCGGCUCCGAAUGGUUGGUUUCGGUUUGUGAUUGCCAGAUUGAUUAAGUUAUGUUGUCGAGUUGCCAGGAGAUUGUUAAUACCAAGUCAUGUCAUGUCAUGUAUACGAUGUUAGGAGCUAAUGUACGAAUUGUUAAGGUAGGAGAUUGCAUUUACUGAACAAUUUACUUAAUUAUAAUACUCAAUGUAUACGUUGUAGUUGUAAGCUUUUUUGUUUUUAGUGAGAUCUUUAUUUUUGUGAAACUUUUUAAGAUUAUUUUUAUUUUCGCUUUUAGUGUGUACUUAAAUACCAUAUUUUAUUAAAGAUUCUAUGUUAUAGCUCUGGCUGUACUUACACAAAGAUUUAUUUUUGGAUGAAAUAGCUAUAUACCGCACAAUGUUUACCAAUAGAGGUACCAGUUUUACCAUAUAAGAUGUAUACGAUUGUAUUUUUAAGUUAACCCUUGGAGUAUUAUUUUUGAAGUAUUAUUUUAUAUUGUGAUAAGAUAUUUUAUAUUAUUUUAGUGGAAAGUAUUAAUUAUUAUGGAUAAAGGUAGCUAUAGGCGAAUGUCGCCAUGUGGAUGAAUGUAUACGCUGUGUAGUGAGUACUGGUAGUGAGAAAUGUUCUCUGUAUAGGUACAAAGAAACGAUUACAUUACGCUGAUGUCA